AUGACCUGCCAGGCAUUUAGCGCCAGUGAUUCCUUCACUACUCUAAGCGGCGAUUCAGCUGCCCUGCCUCUGCUGAUGCAUCACACUGGACCUUCCGACUGCUUACCCGUCUCCAGCCACACCACCAACAUGAUAUCUUCAGUCCCCUCAGGUCUACCACUGGUACAGUCGUCCAAACGUGCUCAUAUGCACCUGUCCGCUUCUGCUUUGGGCAACGCAUCAGCCAGCCUGCACUAUCAAAUGCCCCCAUGUCAUUAUAGCAACCAGCAGACCACCUAUGGCAUGAUGGCAGCACAAGAAAUGCUCUCUGCCAGCAUCUCACAGACUCGCAUCCUUCAGACCUGCAGUGUGCCUCAUGCCAACAUGGUAAAUGGAGCCAAUUCAUUACAAGGAGCUUUAGCCCCAUGCCUCUAUAAGUUCCCUGAGCACAGUUUGGGUGGAGGAUCUUGUGCUUUGAGCCACAGUUUCCCACCGCUACCACAAGCUCUUCUCACUGAUGAACACACUCUCAGUGACAUCAAGCAGGAGCUGCGCAGAAAAAGCCGGCCUCUGGAAGAGCCCCCCGAUAUGGAUUCUCCUCAAAUCCGUGAACUAGAGAGGUUUGCUAAUGACUUCAAACUGAGAAGGAUCAAACUGGGUUACACACAGACCAAUGUGGGUGAGGCACUGGCGGCCGUGCACGGCUCUGAAUUUAGCCAAACCACCAUCUGUCGCUUUGAGAACUUGCAGCUCAGCUUCAAAAAUGCCUGCAAGCUCAAAUCUAUCCUGGCAAAAUGGCUGGAGGAGGCUGAGCAAGCAGGUGCUCUUUUUAAUGAGAAGAUGGGCAUGCAUGAGCGUAAACGAAAACGGAGAACAACCAUCAGUCUCGGGGCGAAGGAAGCCCUAGAAAGGAAUUUUGUGGAGAAGAGUAAACCCUCGUCUCAGGAGAUUGUGCGACUGGCAGAGGGCCUGCAUCUGGAGAAGGAGGUGGUCCGUGUGUGGUUCUGUAACCGUAGACAGAGGGAGAAAAGAGUCAAAACCAGCCUACACCACAGCUCAUUCAUGGCCAAAGAGACUGCAGCCUGUAGGACCUGA